UCGCGUAAAUGUGAAAUCUAAUUGGUCAGUUUUUAUCUCUUCUCAUCUAAUAUUGAUACUAUUUUGCUAUUUGUUAAUACAGUUACACGUAGCCAAUCAAAAUUGUAGUCAAAACACAUAGCGCGAGACACCACGUUCAAAAAAUCCGCGCAAAUCUCGUAAGUAACGAAGGGCACAUUGUCCGUUGAAAAUAUUUAGUAUUCAUUUCGAAAAUGAAUUUUAUUGAAGGGAAAAUAAGAAAAUGGAUUAUAUUGAUUCAAGCAGAAAAAUUAAACGAAGUAAUAGAAGAUAUCCAGGCAAACACUUAUUCGGACUCAACUGAUAAUAUAAACAAAUACAUUUUUAAAGUAUUGUUGUAUUUGUCACAUACUGCAGACAAAUGCAAUAAACAGAAUUGUGUUAUUGGUGUGGAUAUUUAUAAGCUGACUUGUUUAUUGUGUUCAAUUCUGACUGAAAUACCUGAUACCAACAAAUUUGCCUCUAGUUUAUUCCAUAUAGUUCGUUGUUUAUUAACUAUAAAUAUGUAUAAGGAAGCAUUUGAGGUUUGUUGUUUUUUAGACACAAAUAUAAUAUGUUCUUCUCAUAUGGAUAUGAGUAACAUACUAGUAAAAGUGGCUUAUUUAUGGAAUAAUUCUGUGAAUAAUGCAUUCAGCAUUUUACAAAGUGAUUCUAAAAAUGCCAGAUAUUAUCAUCAACUAAAAGAGAUUAUAAAGCAUGAAUUGGAAAUAAUACAAAUAGUACAUAAAAGUUACACAAAACAUUUAUUUAUGAAGAUAAGUUCGUAUCUGGAUAAACUUGCAUCAAUAAAAGAAUCAGCCACUCAUUUUAAUGAUUUUUCUGUCUUUAUAAUUGAAUACUUGAAGGAAACUGAAAUAUUUUUGAAAGAAGAAGAGAACCAUGUUAUAUCUCGUCAAUUGCUGCACAUAGUAAGCAGAAUCAUAUGUGAAAAUAUUAAUGAAAAAGGUAUGAAAUUUGGAUUACAAAUAUUGGAUGAUCUAAUCAACCAUUUUAAAAUAAUUAUAAGGGAAAAUGAAGAGUGUUAUGAAUGCUAUGAACAAUUUAAAUCAUUUUGCCUGACAGUCAUGAAACCGGCUGAUAUAUUAGUAGAAAAUAAUGGUAAUAGAAUUAGAGAUGUCUGUGAUAAUUAUAAAAAAAUUGCAAAAAAGUAUGGUUACUCAGGAUUUAUUAAAUGGAUUACAUUCAGUAUUGGUCAGAUUCUAGAGCCAUUAUUCAUGUAUUGGGAAACAUGUAUAAAAGUAGGAAAUACAGCGUUUCUAAAGAAUGGCAUAUUAUUAGAGACCAUGAAUUUGGUUGCCGCAACAAGUAAAUGUUUUGUUCAUCAUACAUCGGAUAAAUGUAAAUCUUGUCAGAACAUAGAGUGUAUGGUGAGGAAAGAUAUGUACAAUGAAGUAGUAAUAAAAACCAGAUGUGUUAAUUUAAUUAGUAAGCUCUCUGCGAAUGAUUUAUCACGAGAUAUUUAUAGAAUUGCACAAAGAUUUUUGGAGCAAAAUAUAGCAUAUAUUUAUGAAAUGAAAAUGUCCAAAUGCAAGUGUUGGCCACAGUUGUGGUCCUCAUCUGGUGCUUUACUGUAUAACAUAGGCAUCAUGACUGAACGUUUUUAUGAAGAAAGCGUGUCUUUACUUUCUUUACUAUGUUCUUCUAUCAUACAGUUUGAGGGCAUUCAACAGAAAUCCUGCUACAUUAAUCUUCACAAUCCCAUAUGCUUCACAUUGCAUAGAAUAUCUUCUCUACAUUAUAAUCAUGGUAUGUAUAGAGAAGCUAUGACUGCAUCUGCAUUGAAUGCUCUAUUAAGUUAUAACGAUUCUGACUCAAAAGCAUUUCGGAUGUGGGCAAAUAUUAAACAUAAAUCCGUAACUUCCAAAGAAAUAAUGGACAUUACUAUAUUAUCCUGUUUGAAAUCGGAUAAGAUAAUAAUAGAAAAAUUAGGACUUACUAUUGAAUUAUCUAAAUACGACCUUGUUGAAAUAUGUUUAAAAGAAGCAAAAGGUUUGCAAGCAGCAAAAGUCAAUCUUUCAGAUGCCAUUCAUAAAGUUCUGGAUGAAAUGAUAGCACUAAAAGCAUCUCCAGUGCAGUAUGCUCGAGGUGUUCAACUAUUACUAUAUCAUCUGCUAAACUUUGACUACAAUGAGAAUGUUUUAGACUGCUUGAAGCAAGCUGUCUUCAACUUAAAGCAGACGAACAUAAGUAACUUUGUUUUAUGUUUGCAAGCUAAUUUGGAAUUUUAUAUUUUUGUGGCACAUUUAAAUAUUGCAAGUAAAAAAACUCAGAUAGAAAUGGAAAAUAUGAAAUAUGCAUUAUAUGCUCCCAAGAUAUCAGAAAUUGGAGAAAGCGAGUCUAGUGAUGUUGUACCAGCUUAUACCAUGAUAAAUAUUAAAGAAGAUUCAAGACUUCGGAUGUAUUUGGAGGCAGCAUUGAAAAAAUGGAAUAAAUGUUUCAAACAAAAUAUUGAAGAAAUUGUUAAAAGCUAUGAAGGAUCGGUAACACUUCAUACAUUAAUUAUAGCCGGCGAAUACGCUCGUUUAUAUCGUUACCAGAAAUGUGAAAUUGAUAUAUGGAAACUUGCAUAUAAGUUAGCUUGCCAGUUGCAAGACAAUCGAGCAAUUAUUUAUGUCACUAGUCGAAGUAUAUCAUUGAGAUUCAUUGACCCAAAAUGGAUAACAACUACCAAAGAGCUUGUAAAUAAAUUUGAAAAUACCAAGGAUGUAAACAUGACUUAUGUUAUCGGUAUCUUUUGGAUAAGUUUAUCAGACUUUUAUUUUGAAUGUAAUAUGUAUGAAAAAGCUAGGAAGCUACUAGAUGAAUCUAGAAAACUACCAGGAAUCUCUUUCGUUUCUAAUAUAGCUGUGUAUUUAUACAGCUUGGACAGAAUUUUGUACAAUUGUUCAUUCUACAAAGAGGAUAUGAGGCAUGAAGAAUACACUCGCUACAUUGUUGAAACCUUAUACACUCUAGUUAAUUUGAGUGAAGAACUGUCUACAAGAAAAUGGAAACCUCAAGACAAGCACCUCUUUGGCUUUGACAUACUUCUAUCUGCAACAAUUAAUUUGUCCCUACGAAUGAACAGUUUGCUAUCUUUUAGAGAAAUUGGUGCCCACUUAGUACGACGACUAAGGACAGCGCAAGCUUUGGGAGCAACUAUACGAGUUGCAGAAGUAUUGAAAUCACUCUGUUACAUUGAUUUGUCGCGUUCACAGUUAAACGACUGUGAAGUAAAAUUGCAAGGCUUGGAACACAUUUUAAAUAUUGAGACAUUUAAAACGUCAGUGAAUCCUAAUUCAGUAAAAAUGAUCGCACAAAGCGUUUCGACCCCAGUUCGAAUUAUUGAACCUGUCAGAGACGUUCCACAAAACGAUACAUCGCCUAUUCUGCGAAAUAAAUGUUUUGAUUUUCCCGAAUUUAUGGACCAUAUCAAUUGCAAUUGUUAUGCGUGUGAAAAUUUGUCAUACAAAUAUUUGGUAUUCGUCAGCACUCAUAUUAGAGCCCAAUUAUAUGCAUUGCAAAAAAAUUAUUCCGCAUCGUUACAACACUUCAACGGUGCGUUUAAAAUAAAAGAAAAAUUAAUGAAGAUAGAAAAAUCUACGUCGAAAGAUAAAAAUGAUUAUUUCUCUUGGCAAGAACGGUUUUACAGUACAGAUUACAUACUUCUAUUAAACAACUUCUCCUAUUUUUUGAGAAGCUAUCCGAAAAUGAGACAAGAUCCAAUGAAUAUCCUUUUCUUAGCAAGUCAGUUAUGUGACCUGUAUAAACUUAAAGGGCAUCCGGUUUAUAUGUCGACCAAGGAAUUGAUGUUCGAUUGUGAUUUUCAAAAGAUAAUUGACAGGCUAGAUUACUCAUCGUUUACUGUUCCUGACAUAUCAGACAUUGAUAUAAGGAAUUAUGAAACAAAAUCUAAAGCUGAAAACAUUGUUUGCGUUACACCAAUUGUUAAUAACAUUCGAACAAAGAAACCCGCUACUCUAAAGCGAAAUCGAGAUCCUCCGUUGCUGAAGCUAAAUAAAAUCAGUAUGAACUUCAGCGAUGACGAAGAUAAUACUUUCUCACCGCAGCCUGAAUUUCGCAGAACAAGGUCACGUAGUAAAUUAAGAAGAAGGAAGAUUUUUAGUGACGAAGGUUUGGACAAUUCAACAAAAACGAAAGAAGAAACUAACGAAUCACAUAAAUUGAGUUUUCGAGAGUUUGCAGAUGGACAGGAACAGAAUGUUGAUAAUAUUUUUAUGAAAGAUAUUGUAAAUAAAAUUACAUCACUGGCGCCUGAUGUGUCGGAACAUUUGCACAAUGUUGCAGACAAUUUGGAAGAACCUGCAACGAGUAGUAACAUACAGAAAUUGCUCAAGAGAAUAGAAGACCUCAAGGUGAACGCAGUUUCACAUACAGGUACUAGGAGAACGCGGCAUUCGAAGCAACUGACUUCUAGCGAUUGCAGUAAAAUCGAUAAAAUAAUUGCAUUGUUUAAUGAGCUAGAAAUUGAUCAACAAAAGAAUAAUUAUGGUUCGACAAAACAUGAUGUAAUACCUGAUCCAAAUGGAAGAAUAAACGAGGAAAACAGUGUGGAGAGAUUAGAACAAAAUAAAUUAACUGUUAAACAAUACAACAAAAUAGACAAUGUAAAGAAAAUACAAGUUAGCGAAAAUACGACAUCAAGAAUUAGUAGGAAAUCAGUAAAACAAAAUACAACAACUAAGGAGACGUAUAAUACGAAACCUAGCAAAUCCAAAUAGA